AUGAAGAUAGCGGCCUUCAAUGUCCAGAACCUGGGAUGGAGAAAGGUCAACAACCCAAAAGUGCGAGAUAAACUCAUCAAGAUUAUAUCUCGGUACAGUGUGGUGGUGAUGCUGGAGGUGGUGGAUUCUAGCGGCAAAGCUAUGGACAAAUUACUCACAGAACUCAACAACUCCAGAGGGAACAUACAGCAUCCGUAUGCCAUGAAGAAGAGUGAACGACUGGGACGAAGCACCUACAUGGAGCAGUUUGUCUACUUCUACAAGAAAGCAGAGGUGAAGCUGGUGGACUCCUAUCAGUAUGUAGAAAGACAUGAGGACAUUAUUGCCCGAGAGCCUUUCGCCCUGUGGUUCAGGUGUCCAAAUACAGUCGCGCAGGACCUGGUACUGAUCCCAGUCCACACCAAACCAGAGGACACAGAGAGAGAGCUGAAUGCUCUGGAUGAUGUGGUUAAAGAUGUGAAGAGGAGAUGGGGAAUCAGUAACAUUAUGAUAUUGGGAGACUUCAAUGCAGAUGGACGUUACCUCAGCACGAAACGGAGGCAAAAUAUUCGCAUCCACAGACGUCCCUACCAUUGGUUGAUAGAUGAGGAUGCGGACACAACAAGUAGUGACUCGAACGACCAUACCUACGACAGGAUCGUGGUGUAUGGAGAUGACAUGAAACAGGCCAUUGUGCCCGACUCAGCUAAGCCUUUUGACUUCCGGAAAACCUACCGCCUGUCUAAAGUCACCACUCGAGCCAUCAGUGACCACUACCCGGUGGAGGUAGAGCUUGUGGAAGAGGAAGAAGAGGAAGACGAAGACGAGGAAGAUGAAGACGAUGAGGAAGACGAUGAGGAAGAUGAAGAAGAUGAG